AUGUUAUUAUUUGAUGAAUUUUUCGAUGUCUUGCCACACGCUUUUUCAGCUCCAUCGUUUUUAAUGCGCGCUAAUGCUUCUUAUAAUUCAAUUCCUUUAAACGUUUCAAGUACUUCAACACACUAUAUAAUUCGAACAGAAUUACCUGGAAUUCCGCAAAAUAAAAUAUCGGUUGAAAUCACUGACGAUGGAGUACUUUCCAUUCAAGCCGAGCGUCAUUUAACAGAUGAAAAAGAUAAAUUUAAUGAAGGAGAGGAAAAUGAGAUAAUGAAAGAAAGUUGGGUUGCUCAUGGAAAAUUACUUCGUAAUUUGAAAUUUCAAAAAGAUAGUAUUGAUGUUGAAGGCAUUAAAGCCGAAUUAAAUAAUGGCGAGUUAAUUAUUAAAAGUUGA